GGAACUAGUCCGGCGCAGUACGCAGGGUUUUGGCAGCCGGGUGGUUCCGGCUCGGAAAGAUGGCGGUGGCAGGGGCGGUGUUUCGGGAGCAGUUGGUUCUCUGGUGCACCCAGGAGUUGCGGAAAACUUUCGGCCUGGAUGUCAGCGAGGAGAUCAUGCAGUAUGUUUUAUCAAUUGAGAGUGCUGAAGAGAUACGAGAAUAUGUUACUGACCUCCUCCAGGGAAAUGAGGGCAAAAAAGGCCAAUUCAUAGAAGACCUCAUAUUAAAAUGGCAAAAUAAUGAUCAAGAGUUGAUUUCUGAUCCUUUGCAGCAGUGCUUCAAAAAAGAGGACAUUCUAGAUGGGCAGCGAUCAGGAGAACAGAUAAAGAAAACUAGGAGGAAAGGAAGAAACAGACAAGAAGUUCCUACACUUGCUGAACCAGAUGUAACCGUAGAAGUCAAAACACCUUUUGAUUUGGCCAAGGCACAAGAGAACAGUAACUCCUUAAAGAAGAAGACAAAGUUUGUCAAUUUAUACACAAAAGAGGGACAAGACCGGCUUGCAGUCCUGCUCCCUGGUCGCCACUCUUGUGAUUGUCUGGGCCAGAAGCACAAGCUCAUCAAUAACUGUUUGAUUUGUGGGCGUAUUGUCUGUGAACAAGAGGGCUCUGGCCCCUGCUUAUUCUGUGGCUCUCUGGUAUGUACUCGUGAAGAACAGGAUAUUAUACAUCGUGACUCAAACAAGAGCCAAAAACUGCUAAAGAAGCUCAUGUCAGGGAUGGAGAAUUCCGGAAAGGUGGAUAUCUCUCCCAAAGAUCUUCUUCCUCAUCAGGAGUCUCGAAUUAAGUCUGGCCUAGAGAAGGCUGUCAAGCAUAAAGACAAACUGUUAGAGUUUGACAGAACUAGUGUUCGAAGAACUCAAGUAAUUGAUGAUGAGUCAGAUUACUUUGCCAGUGAUUCCAACCAGUGGUUGUCUAAACUGGAGCGAGAAACUCUGCAGAAACGAGAGGGGGAGCUGAGAGAACUUCGACAUGCCUCUCGGCUUACCAAGAAGAUAACUAUUGACUUUGCAGGCAGAAAAAUCCUGGAAGAGGAAAACCCACUAGCAGAAUAUCACAGCAAGCUAGAUGAGACAAUACAGGCCAUAACUAAUGGAACUUUGAGCCAGCCACUGACCAAAUUGGAUAGAUCUUCUGCAGAGCCUUUGGGAGUUCUCGUGAAUCCCAACAUGCACCAACCUCCUCCCCAGUGGGUGGACCAGACAGGUACAGUUUCACAAAAGAAGACUUACCAGUUAGCAGGCUUGGAACUGGAGUUCAAUUCAUACAAGCAUCAGAUGCGAAUCCAGGACCAGGAGUUUCAAGAAGGCUUUGAUGGUGGCUGGUGUCUCUCUAUGCAUCAGCCCUGGGCUUCUCUGCUUGUCAGAGGGAUUAAAAGGGUGGAAGGAAGAACCUGGUAUACUCCCCACAGAGGACGACUCUGGAUAGCAGCCACAGCCAAAAAACCUUCCUCUCAAGAAGUCUCAGAACUCCAGGCUACCUAUCGUCUUCUUCGUGGGAAAGAUUUGGAAUUUCCCAGUGACUAUCCAUCGGGUUGUCUUCUUGGCUGUGUGGAUCUAAGUGAUUGUUUGUCCCAGAAGCAAUUUAAGGAGCAGUAUCCAGAUAUCAGUCAAGAAUCUGAUUCUCCUUUUGUUUUCAUCUGCACAAAUCCCCAGGAGAUGAUUGUGAAGUUUCCUAUUAAAGGCAAUCCAAAAAUUUGGAAGCUGGAUUCCAAGAUCCAUCAAGGAGCAAAGAAGGGGUUAAUGAAGCAGAAUAAAGCUGUCUGACCCAGGAGAAAAGCAACUAUACAGCAUACUGGAGUUUUGUGGACUAAAUUGCUAUCCACUGGUCCUUUGGAAUUGAAGCAAUAAAGGCUUGACAUUAGGCUUGAAUCGCUCUGAAUUUAAACUCUUAACCAGAUUCUGUAUAUUUUUUUCUUAAAGAAUGGGGUUCUUUCUGUCAAAGUCUUUGAAUACAUUAUUUAUAAAAACCGAUUUAAAAAUU